AUGGUCACCUUAGACGUUCCCAAUGUUUCAGACGUGAAUCCCAUUGCAAUGCCACAUACUGAAAAGUGGUCCAAUCAUCUCGAUAGAAUCGACUACUUUCUGCUAUUCGGGUUACCACUGGGCUCGUUGUUGGUCAUUCUAUUCGUAUUGCGUGUCCUAUGGCGUCCCAAAUCAGGUCCGAAAUUCCGCUUGCCUAAACAGGUCCCUACCUAUGGCAGUGUAGGACUUGAUGAUGAUAGUUAUGAUUAUGACGAUGAUUCGAACGAUCUCAUUUACGCCGGACAAGUAGCAGGACGUUACGAUACGCGCUGGACUCGGACCUUUGAUUUUGUCUUCCUUGUAGGCAUGCUGCUCUUUGGAGUGACACUUACAGGUCUCACGGCAUUGUUGCAACCGGAUCUCUGGUUCAAUAUGAGCUUCUGGCUCUUUUUAUUGCCCAAAGUACUUCUUAUGAUGGGAGUAUCGACUCUUGGAGGUAUCAUCUGCCGGUUUUUCUGUAUCGUGGAUGAUGCUGGAUACGUCAUCACAGAACGCAGUUCCGUCUUCAAAGUCAAUUAUACGAGAAAGUUUCAAUUGCUGGCGGCAUAUCUUGUCCCGUUACUGGUUAAACCAGACGAAGAGUUGUGUCCCCUUUGCAAUGGAUCCCUUGCGUUGGCAUGGGGAGAUUUUGUGACCCUCUUUUGUUUUUUGCUGCUUAUUAAACCUAUUCGUGAACGCUCGACGUUGUUCAUGCUGCAAUUUAAUUCACUGGAUCGACCAGAGGAUCGACCGCAUACACUCAAGUGGAUUGUAGCGGGCAACGUCUUUCCUGGUCUCUUUGUGCUACUCUUCUUUCGCUGGCUUUUCGCUCGUACGACGCAGUCCAAUCUUGUAUUCAUUCUGGUGUUCGUGACAAGCAUUGGUGACGGAUUGGCAGAGCCAAUUGGUAUUGCAUUCGGCAAGCACAAGUACUCGACGAGCACGUGCUGCUCCAAGCGCAAAUACACACGAAGCUUUGAGGGCUCAUCGUGCGUCUUUUUGUCGGGGAUGAUCUUUCCUGCAUUACAGUACUUCGACUUUGAGACACCAACGCAACUUUGGCUCACGAUGAUCAUUCUACCGUUUGUUGUGGCCUACGCUGAGGCAACAGCGCCGCAUACGAUGGACGCUCCCGUUCUGAUGACAGCUACGGGGCUUGUGCUGUACACUAUCAUCCACAUCUUUUGA